AUGGACAAUUUGGAAAAGGCCCAGACGGCUUUUGAUGACCUGGCAGAGAUGCUCGAUGGCGAGGAGGGCUUUGCGCUGUCGCAGGGCACGUGGCAGAAGAGCGGCUGGCGGGAGCUCGACGAGCUGCGCAAGAAGCUGGAGAACCUGAAGGAGCUUCGGGACCUGGUCAAGUCUCUGGGGCGGGCCGGCGGCAAGGGGCCGCUGCGCAGGGCGCCGGAGGAGCUGGAGCAGUCGCGGUCGCCCCCGGGCGUGGUCCGCUCGCCGCUGCAGCCGGAGGAGGUGCGCGGCCUGGCGCGCAGCGGCGACCUCAGCCGCAUGCUGCCGUCUGAAAUCAUGCUCAUGGCGCACGGCUGGCCGCGCAAGGGCGGCGGCGCGUCGCGGCCGGAGUCGCCGGGCGGGGCGUGGGGCAGUAACAGCGGCAGCGGCGGCGCGGCGGUGCGGGAUGCGGCGCGGAUGAGCGCAGACCUGGGGUCGAUGGACGAGGAGUACUUUUUGCCAGGCGCCCACGCCGCUCGUAUGCUGCACCGAGUGCGCCGCGCGGAGCGCGCGCUGCUGUCGUAUGAGCGCACCGGCUGGCUGGACAACACGCCAGCGCGCAUGACAGGCAAGCUGGCCCCCGCUUCCCAGCCGCCGGACGCCCUGCCGACCGUCUCAUGCGCGCGCCCCGCUCGCCCGCGGCAGCCGCUCUGCGCGGGGCGCCGGACGGAGGUCCGCCCGGCCGCUGAGCUUGGGCCGAUCAUCCUGUGCCUCGACACCAGCGGCUCCAUGCGCGGCGCGCGCGAGGUGGUGGCCAAGGCGCUCGCGCUCGAGUGCAUGCGCGGCGCGCACCGGCAGCAGCGGGCGUGCUAUCUCUACGCCUUCAGCGGCCCGGACCAGGUGCAGGAGCUGGAGCUGAAGGUCGACCUGAAGAGCCUCGACAAGCUGCUGGAGUUCCUAUCGUGCGACUUCCACGGCGGCACGGAUGUGGACCGGCCGCUGAUGCUGAGCUUGGACCGCCUCAAAAAGGCAGAGUGGUGCCAGGCGGAUAUUCUGAUGGUGACGGAUGGCGAGAUCAACCCCCCCAGCCAGCAGCUGCUCGACGACCUGGCAGCUGCCCACGAGGAGCUCGGCCUCGAGGUCCACGGCCUGCUGGUGUCCAGCCGCGCCAACGAUACGAUGAAGAAGCUGUGCACGCACCUGCACAUGUUCAAGUCGUGGACGGCGGUCGGCGCGGAGAGCUGGCAGUACCAGUAG